UAUUGAUAUUAAAUUAGACAUUGUGUAAUUGUGUUAAAGCAUUUGUUUUGUUGAGCGAGAGUACCCUUGAAAAUCAGAAGCGUGGGUGGAUUUCCUCCAAGUCGUUGCUGUUCUCACUUGUCUCCAAUUGCAAUCGGCUACAACUAUGGAGCCCCAUAAGGCCUUUAAUUUGCAGGUUUGGCCCAUGAACUUCUUUGCUUUUGCUAAUUAGUUGAGAACUGUGCUCCCCAAUUUAACAUGGCAUCUAUGAGAGAAUUUUCCAGAGUCAUACUAUCUCACUUAAAAAAACCCCAUGCUUCUCCAUCUCAACUUCUCUUCCUCCGAACAAUGACUUCCAAGGUUUUUGUUAAAGGUCUAGCAUUUUCUACGACAGAGGAGGAAUUAGCCAAAGCUUUUUCUCAAUACGGCAGUGUCCUGAAGGCUAAUAUAAUACUGAAUAAAGCCAAGAAUAGAUCCAAAGGUUUUGGAUAUGUGACUUUUGCUAAAGAGGAAGAAGCAUGCAAGGCACAGAUUGACAUGAACGGAAAGAUAUUACAUGGACGAGUUAUAUAUGUAGACGUGCAAUUGCCUAACAAGUGAUGGUUGAGGCUCAAUGAAGAUUUGCACAAGUAUUAAACAAUCAUAGCCUUGAUAUAUAAGGAGGGAAGGAGCCACAUCUACUCCAAGCGCUUCUUGAUAAUAAUGGUCAUUUUGUUUUCACUGUAAAACGUUAAUUAAACGGUCACACCAAUCAACAACUACUUGUUGCAAAAACUAUCCAGUUGUUAUCUAUAUACUAUAUCUCUUUGGAAUUCAUACUCAUUUUUGCUUUUGAAUGUUAA